CGACAACUUCCAGCAUACCAAGGAGAAGCUUCUUCUUGAACCACCCCAUGAGCGUGGGGGUUUUGGAAUUUUGAGAUCUAAAAGCGACUCCCAACUAUAUACAGUCCAAGCGACAAAGAAAGAGUUCGAUAUCAUGUCGCGUAACCGCCCCAGAGGUCCCCCAACCAACCGGGACAAUGGCAUUGCAAUGAAUGAAGAGACCGAUAUGUGGAACAAGAUCAUUCAAGAUGUGCGCCGCGUCAAAGAGAAGAACGACAAACAGAAAAGUCUCGCGGAGCAGAUCUCAGCUCUGAACGAGAAGAUCGGGCGCGAGGGGAAUAGACCAACGCUCGCAGAGGUCAGCCAGCUUGACGGCUGGUACCGCCAGGUUCUGAAGCUGAGCGAGGAAGAAAGGGCCAUUCUACAGGAAGAGCCAAGCGAUGUGAUCAAGAACCUGGGCCUGUUGACUGCUCUGCGGUCGGCGUCGGAAGCAGAGAAUUCGGCCGGUCGAGCCGUCUCUCUUCCCAAGUCAAACAAGCUCAACCGAGUCAAAGGCAGCACCCAGCGCAGCUCUAGUGUGUCAAGUGCCGGCCAUGCUCGCGACACCCGCGACUCAGUUUCGGUCAAGCUCGAGGAGGGUGCCGAAGGAGCUAAGGGGACUGUCGCGGAACGCAGCGGCCAGUUUGUCAUAGGAGCCGAAGUAGUAUAUAAACACAAGAAUAAGCAAGGCGUUGAAGGGGAAGGCAUUCAGUGCAUUAUAAAGAGUAUAUCCGGGGACGGCACAAAGAAACGAUAUGAUGUCCAGGACCCUGAGCCUAAUGAGAAUGGCGAACCAGGUGCUAUAUAUAAGACAUCAGCGAGCUAUUUGAUACCCAUCCCGCAAAUCGGCACUGCACUGCCGUCAUUUUCUGUUGGGAAGCAAGUUCUUGCGCGAUAUCCCGACACAACGACCUUCUAUCGCGCCGAAGUUAUGGGCGCGAAGAAAGAUGUUUAUCGAUUGAAGUUCGAAGGUGAAGAAGACGACAAGGAGAUGGAGGUUGAUCGACGAUUCGUUCUUGACGUUCCGAUCAGGUAGCAUAUUUAUGUUUGGAUUUUCUUCCUAUCUUUUUUCUAUUUUAUAGGAUCAUUUCAUGGCGUUGGUGAUCUCGUGUGGAAGGGCCCUGCUUGGAGAAUAGGAGUAUUUUCAACGUUUAGCAUUCUAAAAUUAUUUGGACGCUUGAUUAAAGCCAGGAAAUACAAUUUACAAAAUUUUCAGGGGAUUAUUCAGUUGUGGGUAUAUACCAAUAGCACCUCAC